AAUUGUUUUUCAUCCUAUCUCCCCCCCCCCCCCCCCCAUUUUUGGCCAUCAUUGCUGUCUUUCGUCCCUUUCCCCGUUCCCUCCUUGUCCCCCUUUUUCACUCCUCUUCUUCUCCCGGUCCUUCUCCCAGCUCCCGCCGUGGGGUCUCAGAUCUCCGUCACCCUCCCCCCUUCCCUUGCUCCCUACCUCCCCCGGGCCUUGCUUGGAAACUCCAGGCUGCUGCGCCGCAGGAGGAUGUCUCGCAGGGAGUCUCCCCCGCCACCCUCGCCAGAGCAACUGCUUGGAGUGAGGAGGCGGGAGGUGGAGAGCGACGAGCGCCCGGAGCGCACCGAGCCGCUGUCCGAUGCCGAAAGGGAGAUCAUCCAGGACACUUGGGGGCACGUGUACAAGAAUUGUGAUGAUGUGGGGGUGUCGGUGCUCAUAAGGUUCUUUGUGAACUUCCCAUCUGCCAAACAGUAUUUCAGCCAGUUCCAGGACAUGGAGGACCCUGAGGAGAUGGAGCGAAGUUGCCAGCUUCGCCACCAUGCCCGCAGGGUAAUGAAUGCCAUCAAUACUGUGGUGGAGAACCUCAAUGACCCGGAGAAGGUGUCGUCAGUGCUGACUCUGGUGGGGAAGGCUCAUGCGAUCAAACACAAGGUGGAACCAAUGUAUUUUAAGAUACUGAGUGGGGUGAUGCUGGAGGUGCUGUCUGAAGACUUCCCGGAAUUCUUCACAGCAGAAGUGCAGAUGGUGUGGACCAAACUCAUGGGUGCUGUCUACUGGCAUGUGACGGGGGCCUACACAGAUGUGGGCUGGCUGCGGGUCUCCAGCUCGGCCGUGUGAAGGGUCAGUGUGAAGAAAAUGUGGACUUGGGAAAAAAAAAUUUAAAAAGGAGAUUGAUUGACCCGUUUUUCCUCAUUGCUGAAGCUCAAAUCUUGCCGGCUCGGUUUCAUCGGCAUGGAUCUUGAUAAUAGUGAUGUUGUUGAUGAUGAUGAUGAUGAUAAUGAUGAGUGAAAUGUUCAUCCACACAACUGCUCUGCUUAUUUUAGUGACAUUUUGGUGCUGGGGCUUUAUUUUUGGGUGUUUUGUUCACGACUUUUCCCGGAUCACCUCGAACAAUGUAGGCUGGCGACAUCUGUAAACACUAAUGACAUUUUAGCUCAAGUAAUAAUGGUUAUUUACGUGCUUUAAAUACACCAUUGGUAAUGGUAAUUACCUAGUCAACUGUCUACUAUUGCCAACUCCACAAGGGUAGUAAAAGCAUGACUUCAAGUGAGUGAAGUCCAGCGGGGGUGGUUCCUUCCCAAUUUCCUGCCCACGUACUUUCCCCUUCCCUGCACAUCUCGCGCAUGUCAAGCACUUUUCUCCGAGCCAUUUUUUUCUUUAGGCAAUUUAAAAAUAAAUCAAUCGAUUAUUUAUUUCCCCCGUGAUUUUUCCCUGUCAAAAAGCAUGAGACACGGAUUAAACGGUGCUCAUUUUGCUCCCUAUAUUAAUUCAUCUGUCUAGUGAGCUCACAGAUUUGUUUUCCACCAGACAAACUAUCGAUUCAGCAUAAAAGGUCAAUCGUACAAAAAUGCUGCAAAGGUAGAGCCGGCAAAAUGUUGCCUCUUGUUCAUUUAAGAGCACGAACAACAGCUCCCUGUUGAGGCACUUUCUUUGGUUUAUUGAAGUUUUAUCGGUAACAGGGAAUAAACAAGACACGUUGUUCUUUUUACAAUGUAUUAUUUUAACAGAAGGAGGCUUCCUAGCGUGCGUAUGAACCAGACACAUCCUGGUCACUCACCGCUGCAGUUUGGCAUUUCAUUGUUCAACCGGGAGUCAUCAGUCAAAUGGUUGGAUGUGUUUGGUCACUUUAGCACGAAUAGCAACCUCAGGAUGAUCACAAAAGGGUUCAGAUGAGAUGAGGUCAGGACUAUUGGCAGGUUCCUCCAGAUCUCGUACUCCCAGAGCGAUUGCCGCUGUUGCUAUCUGUAUCUCUCGGCAUUGACAUUGAACUCAAUGAUGACAAGCCUCAUUUUUCCAGUGAUGGAGAUGCUAAACCACAACAUCACAAGGUGUUACUCCUUUCGUGCAGCACUUUGCCCGGAGAUUGGCUGCAUGCAAUAUUCCCCCCCCAAAUUGUCUGGACAGAGAGCCGUUUGCCACAUCACGAUCCAUUUCAAAGGAAAAAAAAAUCUGUCUUCUUGGAAAUCCCAUUUGGCCGUUUUCCAUUGAUGUAUUCGCUGCCUUUUGGGACUAGGCUGUCAGUUCAGUUCACAGGUGGUAUGGGCUCACUGCAAAUAAUGCAGUCAUUUCCUUUGGCUGAAGACCACUGUGUAGAUUCCAACAGCAGACACCAAAUGAGCAAUUUAAAUGAUGACAACCAUAUCAAUUACAUAAUUAGAAUCGGCGAUGUGGCAUACAUUUGGCAUAUUACAUGACACAAAUACUAUUUUGUGUCCUUCAUUCCAACAAUGGAUGUUCUUUAUGAAUGGAAAUAAACAGGCUUUUCAAUUGUGUAAAAUGUAUUGGAAAAAGCAUUGUUUAAGAAAUAAUUUACUGAACACACUUCGGAUCCUUUUUUUAAAAGCUUUUUUCUAAUAAUAAAAAUUGAAUUAUUAAUUGAUGCUUUGUCUUGGAACCAAUAGCCUGACAUGGUAACAUUUGCCGCUUAUCAAACACAUACAAUAUUUAUAUUUUAACCUGCCAUAUCCUCUCCUAGACUAUCUGUAUACUGAUUAAUCCCAAUAAUUUUCUUUUUUUUUUAAAUCCAAAUGUCCAUAAAUGCAGCAUAAAAAAAAUCUUGCGACGUAAAAUGUCAUUCAUCUGGAAUUCUGCUAAAAGACAUGUAUCCUCAAGUCACACAUAUCGUACGAAUACACCUCGUGAUAUUUUGGAUGUCAUAUUAAAAGAUGUUUUGACAGGGAAUGAUUUUAAGAUCGAAGAGUAUGGGGCAGUCAAUUGUUGAAGCCCUAACUUUGGGACCAUGGAACUGCUGACUGUUAUUUGUUUUUUACUCUUUGUGUCCUGUAAUCCCCAGAUUUAAUGGGGCUGUGCUACUCUUUGGCUCUAUAUUGAUGCAUUAUGCGCUCUAAAUAUCUGGUCAUAUGUACAAGUGAACCAUGUGUAAGUGUACAUGUACUCUUCUGCCUUCAUAAUUUACUUCCACAUGAAUCACUUUCCGCACCAAAGAGGGCUGUUCACUCGUUUUGGUGAAGUGCUCUAGAUUUUUGGCCCACUCUCUUUUAGACAAACACAAUGACGCUGAGAAAGUAAGAUGGAAAAUAUCCGCAGGUGGGCACGAUCAGCAACCACAAUUGUACACCUUUCACCGACAGUCCUCCGCUUUGCUAAUAUUUACAAGCCUGUCACUUAGUUUACCUCAUCAGAGAGACAUGCCACAUUAAAGGCUCCAUUAAGAGCUUUAAAUACUCUUCUGGAGGUCUUGGAAACAGAGAGCACAUUCUAACAAGAAUUUUGUAAAGUUUUUGUAGUUAGGGCACAGCAGAGAAAAGCCACAUGCCCCACCCAUCUAACUCCUUGAAAUAAUGACAAUGUGUAGCAUUUUUGCAUGCACUUCCAUUUAUAGUCCCCAUCAGUCUAUUGAAUUCCCAAGCACACACUGCAAAUCUGUUUAGGAUGGACAUCUGAUCCAAUCUUGAGCUUGCAUCUGCGCCACUGAUGUCCUGUUUCUCCUAGUCGACCCUCGUUGCCAUCAGCAUCUGGCAUUUACGAGGAGGCAAUGAGUCUCCACUCCUCCUCAUCUGCUCAUUCAUCUACUUUAACGAAACAUCCCAUUGCUUCGGUAAUGAUCAUCUUCACUGAGAGCUGAAACACUUUUACAAACGGCCGUAUGCGGUCAUCCAUCGUAUAAUCUCAUUCACUGACAUGCCUUCUUCAUAAGCAUCUCUUCCAAUCAUUUAGAAGGCAUUCCCUUUCGUUUGCAACCAAUAAUGAAUUGGAAAAUUAAAAGAAAGAAUUGUCUUGAACACGGAUUCAUUUUUGAUCAGACUAUUUUCAUCCAUCCAUCCAUUUUCCGAUCCACUUUAUCCUCACAUGGUAGCGGGAUGCCCGGUAGUCCAGUGGUUUGCCCGGUAGUCCAGUGGUUAGCACGUCGGCUUCACAGUGCAGAGGUACCGGGUUCGAUUCCAGCUCCGGCCUCCCUGUGUGGAGUUUGCAUGUUCUCCCCGGGCUUGCGUGGGUUUUCUCCGGGUGCUCCGGUUUCCUCCCACGUUCCAAAAACAUGCAUGGCAGGUUAAUGGAACACUCCAAAUUGUCCCUCGGUGUGAAUGUGAUUGUGGAUGGUUGUUAGUCUCUGUGUGCCCUGCGAUUGGCUGGCAACCA